GCUCCAUCCCAGCAGGCUGCAGAAAGGGGCUCGAGGUGUGUGGGACAGAUCCCGUCUUCCCGGCUCCCUCCCGCCGGCUGCGGGCGAGGAAUUCUCUAGUCAGCCAAAUGACCGUUGUCUGGAGCCAGGCACUGGCAGCAGCCCCAGUCCCCCAGCCUUGAGCAAUCCCACCCAGCUGGCUUCCAUCUGCACCCUUGGAAAACAACCGGAGCUUUGCUCUUGUCAGGGCGACAAAACUGGAGCAGCUUUUCUACUUCCACAAGGAAACUUGGGUCUCCUGCACAAAUCCUGGCAAUGGGCUCAGCCGUGGGCACGUGGCUGCUGCUCCUGGCGCUGCUGGCGGCAGCCCCGGCAGAGGCGGCGGCGCCACGGCACCGCCUGGUGCUGCCGGACACCGCGGGCAGCGGGGACGGGGAGGAGGCUUCGGCCACGCUGCCCGCCCAGCCUGUGACCCCCCGCGUCAGCCCCACGCUCGGGGACGUGCUAGGGACCACGGUGACCAACAGCUCGGCGCCGGGCGUGCUGGACAAGCUGGUGAUUUUCCUCAAGGACUACCUGCUGCUGGUGGUGGUGGCGGGCUCGCUGUCCUUCGUCCUCCUCUUCAUCAUCUGCGCCGCCGUCAUCGUCAGACAGAAGCACAAGGCCUCCGCCUACUACCCCUCCUCCUUUCCCAAGAAGAAAUACGUGGAUGAGCGGGACAAGUCGGGGGGAGCGCGGGCGUUCAGCGAGGUGCCCGAGAAAGUGGCCGAGGCCGGCGCGGAGGAGCCGCUGGACGGCAGCCGGCAGCUCCAGGCCGACAUCCUGGCUGCUGCCCAGAACCUCAAACCCCCCCCCAAGGCGCCGCUGGCCAAUGGGGCCCGGCCCGAGCAGAAUUCCCCUCAGGAGGAGGAGAAGGAGAAGGAGGAAGAGGAAGGAAAGAAGUUGGGGGAUGAGCAAGCCAAGCCCCCCGCCCAAAAUCCAGGUGUGGAGGAAGGGGCGAGCGCAGGAAGCAAGGAGAUCCCUGAUGCAUCCCAAGAUGGUGCCCAGGCUCCCUCUGGAAUCUGAGGAGGGACAGAGCCCCGGGCAAGCUGAGGAGCUGCUGCCUUGGGACACAUGAUGGACAUGGUGGAUGAGGCUCUGUACGUACGUGGUGGCUCAAGGAAGCCCUGAUGAAGAUCCCAUCGCCCCCCAUCUCCCCCGACCCUGGUGCUCAUGGGGGGGAUUUGCCAGCUGGUGGUUUUCCCCAGCCCAAGGGGCUUCUCCCACCCCAGGCACUGGGUGGGUGCAUCCCCCCAGCUCCAGCUCUGCCCCCAGUGUGCCACCAGCUUCCUCCCAAAUGUUAUCUUAAUCAGCAGCAGCAGCCUGGUCUGUGCCAGGCACCUGGCUGGGAGCUGUGUCCCUCUGGGAAGAGGAACGGGACCGGGGCUGGAGGGCUGUGGGACGUGGGUGAGCCUUGCCCAUGGCCACCCAAGAGAAAAGGGGAUGAGGAUUUAGGGACAAGGACCCUUUUUUCCUUCUUUUACCCCAGAGCCCAGCUGGAUUUUUGCCUCAUUUCCUGAACCCCUUCAGCUAGAAAUAAACAUUUCCUCCGCACAGCUCCUCUCCUGUGUGUCUCUGUUGGGGUGGCCAGGGGACCAUCCCUGUGUCCCUGUGCUCCUCCAGGGGCACAGCUGGAGUGGACUCCAGGGGCAGUGGAGCCUUGGGCAGGGUGUUAUCAGUCCCCACAUCAGCACAUCACGUGCCCUUCCAGGAACCCUUUAUCUUGUACCCACAGCUGUGGGACCGAGGGGGGGCUGUGGGGGACUCAGCCACAGCUCUGGGGUGCAGCUGCUGCAGUGGGGACAGCAGGGAAGCCUGGAAGGUGAGACAGACUGUUCUGCAGCACAUCCCCACAUCCCUGUGUUUUAUCCCAUUAUGUCCCUGCCUCAGGACAACCUUCCCUUGGGAAGAGUGUGCCACCACGAAGAGCUGAUUUUGCCCCAAAGCAGAUGUGAAUGUGUGAAGUUUCCCCAAUUUUUUUUUUUACACUGGGAAGUAACAGGAUUCUUCCAUGAGGGAGAGGCACGUUCUGCACUGCUGGAGGGUGCCAGGAGCUGAGGAACCACAAGAGGGACCUUGUGAGUGACAGACGUGUGACCUCUGUUAAAAAUUCCAAACAUUGUGCCCAGAUGGAGCAGAACGAGACAAUUAUUUUUUUAAAUGUGGUUUUAAAUGCUUAACACCCUCAGUAUGAAAAAUGGGAAGUGAGGUGUCUUGUGGGGUAAAAAAGUGAAGUUUGCCAGUAUGCUGUCUGCUUGGUUUGGAAAUGCUUCCCUGGAAAGGAGGAACUCCCCCUCAGCUCUGCAUUCCAGCUCUGUUGGAUACCACAGGGUAUCCAGUCUGAGGGCGUAUUUUAGAGGGACAGGUUUUGGUUGGAAGGGACCUUACAGCUCAUCCAGUUGCAAACCCUUUCCUUGGGCAGGAACACCUUCCUGUAGACCAGGAUUUACAGCUGUAAGAGAGCACCUGGUGAGUGCAAAAGUGAAAUUCUUAGCGAAAACACCAAGAAAUUCAGGCUGUUCUCAAUCAAGAGCUUCAAAAAUUAACAGUGACAGGAUGGGAACAGAAACCACCAGUGUUUCCUGGCCACUUUUCCCUUUGGCACCUGCAAAGGGUCUCCCAGAAUUCCAAGGGCAGGAAUUUGCCCCAGGAUUGUGAAACCAACCCUGAGGCAGCCGGAGCCGAGGGCGGCGCUGCAAUUCUCACACACUCAUCCAAACCAGGGCAACGCUUCCCACCAAAUUCCAUCAAGUAUUAGGCAAAAACUAGACAUUUUCCCAAAAUAAAAAUCAAAGUGCAGCCCUUCCAGUACCGGCCAG